AUGGCCAUCGAUGCAACCGCAACGUCGGUAGAGCCAACAUCUCUUGGCCGUACUCUCCUUGCAGUGGGCAUUUUCUUUCUCAUUCCGACAUCAACUAUCCUUAUUCUGAGAUAUUACCCUCGGUUAAAACACCAUCUUUUUGACGUCGAUUAUGGUCUCAUGCUGAUCGGUUGGAUGCUAUAUGUCGCUGUGAGCGGUAUUGUUGCGCGAAGUGUUUUUGCCGGCCUUGGUACGAAAGACGAGAAUUUAAAUGCCUAUCUGCAGAAUGAUGGACGAAAGUUCCUCUGGUGCUUCCAAGUCACAUACUGCUUCUCGUUGCUGUUUCUCAAAAGCUCCAUUUGCGUCACCCUUCUCCGCAUCGCCGUGAUCAAAACACAUCGUAUUAUCAUCUGGUGCACCCUCACAUUUGCCAUAUUAUCUACAAGCGUCGUUAUUAUCGGGGUGUUCCUCAUCUGCCAGCCUAUUUCUACCGCUUGGGGCCAUACAGGAACAUGUGCACCAACAGUAGUCAUUGCAAGCCUCGGCUAUCUUGUAUCUGCUGGUGCAGUCGUGACAGAUUGGAUCUGUGCUAUCUUGCCUAUCUUUAUGCUCUACAAAUCCAACAUGAAAUUAGCGACAAAGAUUGGCGUCAGUGCUGUUCUGGGAUCGGCCGCUUUGGCAUCACUCUGUACUAUAAUCCGACUUCCCUAUGUAAAGUAUUACACUACUAUCCCGAAUUAUCUGUAUAACGUCGCAAACAUUGUAAUUUGGCCUAUUGUUGAAUCAGGAAUUGGAAUUGUGUCCGCCUCGCUCUCCACUCUACACAAGCUCGUCAGCAGCCGGUUUCAUUUCGAUUCAACGGAGAUGUCGAAGAGGAGAAAGAGGAAAGGAGAUGCCAAGGUCACCCCGGAUUCGACGGGAAACGGAACAGCCGGCAAGAUCGCCGACACCAUAGGAAGCAUUCACGUCGUCCAAUAA